AUGUGCCUCACGCACCACACGCCGAGUUCAGGCGGAAAGGAGCACGCGCGCCCAAGAACUUUCGACAACGAGAUGACUCGCGAGGGCAUUGCGCAGAUGUCCGGCUUCAUUAUCGACCUUGCUGAUACAGGCAUGAAGACGGCAGAUCUCCACAAGACUGUUCAGCAGAAGAGCGGGAAGAGGCUGGGCGUCGAAGGGAAAGCGGUGGUGCGAUCCAUUGUUGACAGGCAUGAAAAGGCCUCUCGUGAAGCCUUCAACGACGCCCAGAAGUUCCUUCAGCACCUGCAGCACAGCAAGGCGCACAUGUGGUUCAAGGCUGACGAGCAGGCCCGAAUCACGAGCAUCGCUUGGGCGUCUGACGUGCAGAAGGCCACCGCGGUGAACUUCCACUCCGUCAUCAUAACGGACACGACAUUCAACACGAACCGGUGAGUGGAGUGGGCAUUCUGUAUGGUCCAAUCCGUAGCCGUCUAUAUACUAUCCUCGGAGCGAUACCGUUGGAGCCCAAGCGGUCGGAUUUUGUUAUUAACACAUUGGCACCACGGUUGAGAGGUUGACGUAAUUGGAGUGUGUGUGUAUUGCAUGAGUUGAUUUCUGGUGAUUAGUGUUCGGACAUGUUGCAAGGAAAUGACAUUGAUUGGUUGUAGGUCAGGUAUUGUACGUUGUAGUUACGUGUUAAUUCAAACGAGACUGAUCGCAGAUAAGUAUGUGUUGCAAACUCGUGGCUUCUGGGGAAAACAUGUUGUAUUAUGAGACCAUGGCUCGAGAGACAGGGUAGCAGAUGGAGUGGGCGUGGUGGGCGAGAGGGGCAAGCACCUCAGCACCACCAGCCAUGUACCUCGGUCAACGCAUAAAACCAGAACACAAUUCUCAGAACAGCCAGCAUACCCCCAACGAAUACUCGGAGUAAUGCACAGUCCACAGAAGAACAUUCCUACAGUCUACCAAGAACGUUCUACUGUUCCUGAUUGUGUGGCCGUUCAACGAUCCAGUACGACACAGUCCCGUGAUUCAAACCGUCCAAUCAACGUUGAUAUUCUACGGCACUCUGUCUACACAUA